AAUAUGGAGAAUUGUGCAGGGCAGAAGACAAUGGACGGAGGGUUGUUUAGUGUCCCCUUUUCCCAGGGGUUUCAAUCGCCACAGGCAGCUCUGCUCCACAAAGCCAGAUAUUUGGAGGACAAUUCAGAUGCCGUGAAUCGAUACUGUAAUGAGUCCUUCAAACCCUUUUCCGACUUCGUCUUUCCACAUGACAAAUGGGCAGGCUCUUUUAAUGAACUUCAAGGAAGAGCCUCUUCUUCAGUAUCUUCGCCACAGGCUGCGCUGCCCAAAAUGGACAACUUUACGGGAAUCCCUUCUGAGCUGUCGAAAAUAAUUCCAAGCGGUUAUAAUAUCCAGAAGAGGAAGGCAGGAAGAUCUCAAAGGCAUGCCUUUCAGACAAGAUCUGAAUCAGACAUUUUGGAGGACGGUUACAAGUGGCGAAAGUAUGGGAAGAAAUUCUUAAAGGGAAAUCCUAAUCCCAGGAAUUAUUACAGAUGCUCUUACAGCAACUGUGAUGUUAAAAAGAGAGUGCAACGGGAUGCACGGGAUAAAGGAAUAGUGGUCACUACAUACGAGGGAAAACACAACCAUGAGAGCUCCACAGCCGUGUAUUACAUAACAAAUCCUCCAAUAUUUGUAGCGGAGCAGGCUUCCUGUUUGGACAAUUGUCCUCCUCCACUCUCUUACUCUUCUCGCAGCCCCGAUUUCAUGUUUAUCGAUACCACUUAGAGAAAGUUCCAUGUAUCAAAAACAUAAAUGAUUUGUGGGAGCCUGAUUCCACUGUAGGUGCUUAAAUUCAUUGAGUAUUUCCAUCUUACAAUAAUUUGUCUUUAGAG